GGUCAUGUGACCCAUGAUGCCCCUAUCUCUGGCUCUCCUCUGUACGUGAUCCGUGCGUUCUUGCCAGUGAUGGACUCGUUUGGUUUCGAGACCGAUCUGCGUACGCAUUCACAAGGGCAGGCAUUUUGCUUACUUGUCUUCAAUCAUUGGCAAAUGGUUCCCGGAGACCCUCUGGAUCGUUCCAUCCAAAUUCAGCCGUUGGUGCCUCAACCGGCCACCCAUCUUGCCCGCGAAUUCAUGAUCAAAACUAGGAGACGCAAGGGUUUGAAUGAGGACGUCAGCAUCAACAAAUUCUUCGACGACCCCAUGUUGUUGGAAUUGGCCAAACAGGAUGUGAUGUUGAAUUAUGCAUUAUGAUCCUUUCGUUAUCCUCCGAGUCUAGGUGCUUGGGGAGGCGUGUGUGUACAGUUUGCAUCAUCUUUCAAUAAACGAAUCCGACUUUUG